AGACAACAAAUUCAAUAUUUUUGUGCUGAUAUUUUUGUGAUUUUAUGUUUGUAAAACAAUUACGGUAAAUCUAAGUAUUUAUGAAACGUUAUGAAGUUGUGUAAUGUAUUUCCACAGUAAAUAAACUUGCUGUAACAAUUAAAAUUUAUUUAACAAUAACUGUUAAAUUGACAAUUAACUUAGCAUGACAGACACGACAAAACCAGCUGGAGGGACGUUGAGACCUGCAGUGAUCACUCUGCGGCCCAGCACUAACAACUCGCUUAAGGAGAUCACGCUCAUUGGGCCCCCGAGGAAUGGCGGUAGACCCCGGGAAAUUACUCUUGUCGCGCCCUCUAAUAAAUAUCAUCUGAGAGUGUUUGAGCCGCGACCAUGUGUGGAACCGCUGUCAUACCCGCUUCAUAGUGGUGCCCCUCUGCCAGACUCGGCAUUGCUGCUAAACUCCAAGAAGAUCCCUCGACCACCCAACGCCUUCAUGAUCUUCGCCAACGAGUGGCGCAAACAGCUGGCCCAGCAGCACCCCACAGACAGCAACAAGUCCAUUAGUGUUCGACUUGGUCAACUAUGGAAGAACAUGAGUAAAGGCUCCAAAGAAAUUUACUAUCAGAGAUCAAGACAGGCUGGCCAAGAUCAUAAACAAAAAUACCCUGGAUAUGUUUACAAUCCGAAGGAAGCACGAAUGCGCAAAGCACUGCGAGAGCAGAGUAGAGGAACCCGCGUCGCUGGAGGCGCACCCACACGAUGGACCAAGCAUGCUCUAACCAUGAACCAUCAUCGACAACCUCUUGUAACCCCAGUCUUACUAUCGCAGCAUCAGCACUGCGCAGACAGUAGUAAGGGUAUGCUUGAUGAGCAAGUAGACAGAGACAACAGUAUGCUGCAGAGUUACCCAGACUACUUGGACCUUCCUUACAACAUUCCGUCCAACGAUUACCCACUAGAUAACCAACCUUGGUACCCUUCCUACCUGCAGCCUGGUGUGCAGUCUGAAGGUUCCUACAUGGGUCGAACCAAUGAGAACAAACUGCCAGUGGAUUGGUCCACUCCGUACAGCUCUGAACAAGGCAACUUCAUCAGGGCUUCUCCUCAAAGUUCUCCAUACUCCAUUCAAAACCAUCAAGAGGUGGUUCAAAACAACUUGUUGUUGAAUGGAGAUAGAAGUCAGCCUGAGCAGACGGCCAAUUGUGAGACCAGCUGUUUGGCAGCUGACCACAAACCAGUCGUGGAUACAAACAGUGAUAGUAAUCCAAUAAAGGACCCUGAGCAGCAAGUGAAAGAGUUGCUGGCCUCAGCCAAGGUGAUCUCUGAAGGCAGUCCUGUGGAGGAUCUGAGUAGCACUAGACUACCAGGCUUUCACCAAGCUUUUGGUUCUACAGAGAUUGGGCGUUUCUCCCAACCUGAUGGCUUCUUUGAAGCGGCAGUAGCGGCAGAAAAUGAAAGAAAGGUGAGUAUGUCCCCACUACCACCUCCUCCACCCAAGAGGGGCCGAGCCCCCAGGGGUGGCAGAAAAGCAAAGUCGAGGGCAGAGCCAGAAAAAUGGCCUGAUCCUUGCCUACCGAUGGGAAACGCAAUGGUGAAGAAAGACUCGUGGCAGGACUGGAACCCGGGGUUGCAACCUGGGUGUGAUAACGCCAUGAACUCUCUUCAGCGGAUGAACUGUUACCCUUACCACGAGGAUCAGCGACCGCCGGUGAAUUGCCCACACCCGGAUAUGUACCAGUACCCUCAGUGGCACUCCGAGAUGCCUUAUUAUGAGCGGCAGAACUGCAACCAGUAUUACCCACCAUACUACAAUCCACCUCAGGAGCAGAUGCGAAGUUACCAUGACUGUUACACCCCCUACGACUACCCUCCCCCCAGCUGGCGGGGCCAUCCUUACUAUCAUCCUUCUCACUUUCCCCACCAUCAAAAUGUCGGCUACUACCAACAGUACAGCGAGUAUCGACACUAUGGUUAUCAGAACAAUCGGUGGGCCGUCAACCGAGAAAUCAAGUACUCCUCAGGAAUGGUUUGACCGUCGGAGUCCCACCUUGGGUGUCUCAGAGACUUGGUUGAAAAAAGUACACUUUGAAAUUAAUGAGCUUAGCUCUUUUUCUAUUUUUUAAGUACUGUAUUUCAACUAGUGCUUAUUUCAAAGAAAGAAACCAAUGCCGUUUUAAGAUAACUCAGUGGAGUGGAAGGAACUGAUGUUUAGGAAUUGAUGAAGAAAAACAGUCAGUGAUAUAAAAUUGUAUUUACUCCUAAAAAGUGUUUUAUUGUUUAUUAAUAGACAGUUUUGUUUUGUAAAUAUAUAAUUUAUUUAUAAAUCUAUGAUUUGAUCAAAUAUCUUUUAACUGGACUUGUUACAAAAGGUUUCUUUUCCAUGUAAGAACCUUUACAAAAUAAUAUACAAGGCAGAUUUUGUAUGUUUGUAAAACAUUCAGUAUCUUGUAUUAGGGAGAAUUUAAGUAAAUCAGAAAUAGCAAACUUGUACUGAAAUGCUUACAUUUUUUAUGGUUUCAACACUUAUCAAAAGUAUACAAAUAAAAAUAAAUGAAUAAUUGCUCACCAUGUAGUUGAAAUUUCAUAUAAAUAUUACCGAUUUAUUUAAAUUUUAUGUUUUGUUCAGUCUUUAUUAAUAUUUUAAUACAUAGUUCAUUACAAAAUAUAACAUAUGGUUCAAAUUUUGAUGUUAAUUAAUAAUGUUCAUAACAUAGUAUUAGAAAGGUAGUAUUGCAUUUUUCAUUUUAAAAUUAUCUCUACACAUUUCUUUAGAAUUCAGUUAAUAUAAUUAAAAUAUAGUUCUCUUUCCUGAUGACCUUAUAACUCAUUUAUCAUGGAAUAGUCAUAAACUGUAAGUCAUUUAAGUACUAAAAUACUUAUGAAUUUUUAACAACUACAGUACUUAAUAUGAAUAAAAUUAUUACAAACAUAUCUUUAUAGAAUGCUUACUCUAGAAUUCAUACUUGAUUAAGGGACUUUAAAGGCUUAAGUUAACAAUACAAAUACAGUAUCUGUGAAAAUUGAACCUUUUAUUUAAUUAUCAGACUAUUAUCAAACUAUUUUUCAAUAAAUAAUGAAACAUACUUAACACGUUUGUGAUGGCUGACAUUAUCGUACUUUUUAAAAUUACAAUGUAAUUUUGACCAAACAUGCCCAUACAUUUUUUUCAAUAAAUGUGUUCUGGAGUGUUUAAUAGUGUCAUGAACGUAUGUCAAUGUCUAAAAUGUAGCUGGAUAAUAUUCAAAGAGUAUUAGAAAACCAUUGUGCGUGACCCACCGGUGGGGCAUGACACGCAUUUCUAAUAGAAUGAGCCAAUUCACAUAAAUUAAGAUUCAAAACUUACACAUAUUUUAUCAAUGGUUAUUAAAUUUCAUAGCCUACUUUUAAAAUUGCAGUUUAAUAAAUUUGGCUUGUGAAUACAUAUAACAUAAGAUAUAAUUCAACUCAGACUUGUAUAAGCGAACUUUGCAUUAUUGUAUUUUUUGUUUUUGCUUGUUUUCAUAUUUGGUUGUUAAAUUAAAAUUUCACAAACAUCUGACGUAAGGAAAGUAAUAUGUUUUCAUUUAAAAUUCAUGUACCAACAAAUUUUACUUAUUAUGUGGCUGAUUUAAAAUUGUAUUUUUAUGUUUCUAGCCCUAACAGAUGAAGUGGUUGUAGUUAUUUUUUUAUAUAAUGACUAAUAAGUAUGUAUAACUCUUCAUGUGUGUGUUACACAACUCACAGUUGUUUGCCUUAAAAGAGAUUUGAGUCUAAAAUAAGGGCAAUAAAUCAAUCUUACAGAAAAGAGUUAUAAUGCUAAUCAUAUUAAAAAAUUUAUUGUGUUCUAAAUGUCCCUUUUACAGCAGAAUGUGAAUGUGCAGAAUGAAAACAUCUCCCUAAAUGUUUGAAUUAGUCUUGUACAGAGUAAAGUUAUUCUAGAAGUAUUAAAACAAUACAUGAACUAACAUUUGAUGAGCAGGAAUUUGAUGGAGUAAUAAGCAUCUUUGCAAAAUAUAUUGCAGACAAGAUGAAUCUAAUUUAUUUAUUCAUAAUAUCCGUUUUGAUUAUUUCUAAGAAAAAUUGUAUUUUACUGUGUGUAUUUUUACUAUAAAUUUCAUCCAUUGAUAUCCACAAUUGGGUUUGUAUUGGGUUCUUGUAGUAUGGUACAAAACUGGAUUAUUACUCUAAUGCUACUAAUAAUGUAAAACACAAUUCUCGUGCAACAAUUAAAAAAAAUAUUAGCUGAAUAUUGUAUUAAAAAUAACCAAUGACAUUAACACAAAAAAGAAAAAUGUGCAGUACCGGUAUACAAUUUGCAUUGUUUCCUUUUUCCAUAUUAAUAGCCUUUACAGCUGCAUACGCUAUUAUAAAGUUAAUCUCAUAAAAUUAAUGAAAAUAAUUUUAAUUCAACCUUUUAACUUGCAGUAAAACUACCACUUUUGAAAUUCUAUUAAUAACCCCUUUAACAAAUUUUCCAUUUUACUUUACAUGUUAUCUAGUAUUUUAAGGAAAUAUUUUGGUAUUUGAUACAUGAGCAUAAAUCUGUAAAUUAACUGAUCUUUAUAAUAUCCAUUUUUAAAUAUUAAUUGUGAAGCAAUCAAUGUUUAAUCAUUCAACCAAAACCAUAAUUUAAAAAGUAAAUUCUUGAGUGUUUAAUAGAAUGGGUCACCUAUUCUAACUUCUUCUAAUAUAUUCUAUAUCUAAUUAAAUGUAAACUUUUGUACACUAAACAUAAGAUUUUAUUUUAUUUUUUUCAAUUCUUGUAAUUUAAAACUUCUACAGUAUUACCAUUAAUCAUGGAAGAAGCUGAAAGUCAAAGUAUAAAACAGGUGAUAAGGAAAAUUGUAUAAAAAUCAAUAAAUAUGAAAAUGUGUUUUUUUUUUAUUUUAAUAAACUAAAUCUUGUUAACCUUCCUGUUAUUAGCCCUAGAAGCAGCAGUCACUUUUUCCUGAAGUAGUAACCUUUUGCAAAGCUUCACAAAGUCAUAUCAUAUGAACUACUCUGAUUAAGCUAAACCCUAGGUUAUUAUAUAUUGCUGUAAUCAAGAAUGUUUAUUAAUUAUAAUGAUUAUAACGAAAUAAUUUAUUAAAAAUUAAAUUAUUAAAUUGGUUUAAGAAUUGAUAUUUUAUUUUAUGUGAAACAAAUUUCAGAGGUAAAAAAACAGGAGAUUACAAGUACUUUUUACCAGUAAAAGAGUUGGAAAAGAUUGGUAUCAAUUUUUUUUAUUUCAAUAAAUAAAUUUGAAUGAUUCAUUGGCUAUUCUGAUAACUAAUUAAGUUUUGGAGGUUACAGUAGAUUGUUGUUUUUAUAUUUCUGAUAUCAAACAGCAUUCUAUGAGCUUUAUAUUACCUAUCCCCUGCUGUUCUGUCUUUUUCUAUACAAACAAUUUGCUAGUAAAUAAACAACCCACAAAAGUACUAUUGUAACUAAUUAAUAGAUUUCUUUUAAACACUCAUGAGAUUUUUUAAUAUAUAAAAUAACUUUACAUUACAUAUCUUAAUACAUCAAUUAUGAUAAUCAUGUGUAUAUCAUAUAAUUUUUUUUAGUUAGUCUGAUGAUUCAAAAAAUUGUUUAAACUCUUGGGGACCAACCAUUAAGUCUGUUUUAGUUAAUGGUUUUAUUUAGUGGUUAAUGUAUAGUUACUGUAGUUUGUAAUCUUAUUAAGUUAAAAAUGAAUCAAUCAUCUGUUGUUUAGUGGAGUGAAUAGCAGCCGCAGCUUGUACUGUAUGGUUGUGUUAGUUUAGAUCUGAUCUGUUUAUUUCAUUUGUCUAUUAUUUUGUUAGGUAUUUAAGGGAUACAAGAUAAAAUUGGAUCUUAAUAAAAACACUAUUACAAAAAAAAAACGUAAUGUUGUCUGAGCUGAACUAUGUAUUGUUAUUCGGUUUUGACCCUUAACUUUAAAAUAUAGCAUUAUAUUUUACAAAACAAUAAGUUAAAGUUUAAGAAGUUGUAAAGUCAGUACUAUUAUAAAAAUUACAUCAUUUUACAUUUUACAAAAAUUAAGUCUCUGGUAGUGAUAUGUUUGUGUUUCUAUAAUUUUCAUUAAAACUCUUUUUGCUUUUAAUUUUGGAGACAUUUCUUAACUUUCUACAAAUCUAGUGUAUACUCUAAGCUCAUAGAUAUAUUCAAACUAGAAUCUGGUGUUUUAAUAAAAAUAUUUAUAACAUUUAAUUACAGUUUGAAUUUAAUUACACAAGUUAAAUUACCCUGUAAUACGCAUAUUUUGUUAAUACUGAAAUAACAGUGGUAUUGAUUACCUGUUAAAAAAAACAAAUAAUUUAUACCUGAGUCUGACAAAACGAUCUAUUUUUAUUUAAAUUGUUUGUUUUAAAUGUUAUUUAGUAUUCUAAAUAAUGUUGCUCAAUCCUUGCUUAACUGCAAAACUCAUCAUUAAAUCAUAAACAGACUCGGAAUCAUUACGAUAAUUUAAUGUCUUGUAUCCCGUUCUGCCUGUAUAUAGUCUGUAAAUCUGAUCUGUCAUAUCGAGCCAUUGUAUAUAACAUCCAACCCUAGUUAUUGCCAGAAGGUUACCAUUCAACCCAAGACAAUUAUUGCAGUUUGUCAUUGUUUCCAUAAUUUAAAAGGUAUUGUAGGAUAGAAAGAAAAUUAUAAUAUAUACAAGUUUUAUUGUGAUAAAUACGAAAAUUCAUUAUUGAGUGUUGUAAUGUUUUAAAGAAAUAUUGUACCUUAAGUGUUUGGUGGAAAUUGUAUUCAGUUACUGAAAUGUGUAUUCGUCUUGUGGAAGAUUCAUUCAAUGAUACAAAGCAACGGUGAUAACAAUAGAAAUGAAACAUUUAUUUAUAGUAUUGAUUACCACUCACUGCUUUCAGGAACCUAACUUGUCUUAUUAAAUAAUAUUUAGUACCGUACUUAUACACUUAUCACUGUAUUAACUCCUUGACUGCUGUAUUUCCUAGUUGCUGCUAACUUCUGAUAAUUAGAUCACUAUAGCAUAACUGGAUUAGCCAAAUUGCCUCCUGCUGCUCAUGCUUUGUGGCCACUCAGAGUUAAAGUACAGUUGAGAAUUUGUGCCCAUCAAGUAAACACAAUGUUGGCUCACAUAUGUGCUCGCACUUUAUGUAUGGUACUCACUCACAUUGCUGAGCAAUCCAUAUAUUUAUGUUUUCAUAAUGAUACUGCAUAUUAAAUAGCAUCUUUUUAUACCAAACAUUUUUAAAUUUUGCUGUGUGAAGUAUAGAAAAAAAAUUUAAAUCUUGAUUAAUGUUACGGACUUUAGAAUAUGCUCCUCAGUAUCACCUUUCCAUGAUUUCUCUAGAAUAAUUUAAACUUUCCACGGUUAUUUUUGUAACAGUUUGGACAAAAUUCAUCUCUAAGUAUGAUGUAAUAUCAUACCAUGUAAUAACGUAAUUAUAAUCAUCUCUAGUAACAAUGUAAAAUAAUGGGUGCAUUAUGUAGAUGUUCCUGAUAAGUUGAAAGAACUUCAAUCAAAAAGUAAAUUAUAUACCUUCUAGCAGAAUAAAAUGUACUGAAUUUUCAGGAAGACAUUCCACUAAAAUAAUUUAUAUGAAAUGGGUUUUAAAAGUAAAUUACUAAAAUCAUUAUAGCCACAAUAAAUAUUGGUCACAAUAGAGAUUCCAACAGGAAAAUUUUGGUGAUCAAUACCUUACUUUUUAACUCUUUUUUCCAUGACUUGUAGUAGUAGUUUAUUAUAAUCCUUCUAGACAGGGCCGUACUCAGCCUUGGUGAGCCCUGGAAAAGAUAUGUAACUGGGCCCAUCAGGUGGCCCAACCAGGGCCCCUGGAAGGCCCAGGCCCCAGUAAAAUUGUCCGAAAAACUGUCUGAGUACGGGCCUGCUUCUAGAAGGAACCAAUAUGACUGACUCUUGAUGGUGUGAAAGGUUUAAUUAUUUGGGAGGAGAGCUAUAUCAGCCCCUUGUAUCUUUCUAUAAUGCAAGGCAAGCAGAUCUGUAUUUACAGCAUUCAAGGUGUUAAACAAUGUCUUGUAAAAGUUUAAAUGUAGAGAAGAAUAAAAUUAAAUACAGUUGAAUAAGUGGUAAGAUAGUGUUAAAUUGACAUUAAGUCACCGAUCAGUAAGCCAAACUGUUUAUGUUACAAAAACUUACUUCUGUAUAUAAAGUACAUAGUUGUUAUCAACAGGAGCUUCUAACAAGUUUCAGCACCCGUUUUCUCCUGUGCUGCAGUGAUUUAUACUAGUAACUAAUGUCAUUCUCUGUUUUCUGAUUGAUAUUAUCUCUAGAACUGAUAUACAAUUUAGUCAAAAAAAGCCUAUAGAUUUGUAUUUGAAGCUUUUUAUGAAAAAUUAUAACAUGAUUACAGUCAUGAGUUACUAGGAAGUUAAUUUAUAUAUCAGAGUUUGAAUUAUAAAUUGUAUACAAUGAUCACUGCUCUUACUCAAAACAAAUACAAGACAAGACAGAUACUUAGUUGUUUGUUCUUGUUUAUUUAUGUUGAUUGGCUUAUGUUUUUCUGGUAUAAGUUGCGUGUUGGGUACAAGUAACAUAUAUUUCAAUGUUCCCAGAUAAAUGUUAGCUGUAAACAAAUCAUUUUAAUAACUUUAUAUAUUUUUGUACAUAAGUAGGCAGGUACGAGGAGAAAAUGGAUGUAAUGAUGUUGGUCGCUUCUGAUAACUUAACAAUCAAAGGGUUAAUUUGUUUUUCUUUUUAACUAUUUUCAAUAAAAUAUGUAAUUUCAGAGGAGUCUCACUACAUAUAUUUAUAUGAAACCUUACUGAGAGCAGUAAUGACUCCUCCACUAGAGCGUAGCCACUAUCCCACAGUGUGAUAAGUUGUUUAAAGCCCGAGUAAUUGUGUUGAUUACUAAAUAUAACAAAUCAUAUUGAGAUAGUAUUGUUGUCAGAAAUAAUGUAAUGUUAUUAUUUAGGUUUAGGUAAAAAAAAUUGUCCUGAUAUGGUGUGCCUUAUCCAUAUAGCAUAGAAACACGUUGGAGGUACGUCUAGUCUCAGUCUCCGUUGCGUUUUAUUACGUUCUGUCACACGCAUGACUUGUCUAUAAUUUACAUUGUGCCAAUCUACAGUAGCAUAGGACCUGUGUGUUUCCACGUCAGCUCAAUUUUUGAGGACCAAAGGUCUGUGUCUUAUUGAAACAUAGUUACACGUAGACACGGCAUCGGUCCAUCUUCGUUAUAACUCGCUAGAGUUGUCUUUGUGUUUUUACAUUUCUUUAUACUGUAUUGUGGCUUUUAGACCAUUCAAAACAUGAAGUUUUUAAUUUAAAAUUCAAAUAUACAGGAUUUUAAUUAGUUAAGUUGAACUGUAAAAAAAUCAACAUUCAUUAUAAAUUAAGUCAGUAUUAAAAACACUUUCCAAUUAUUCAAACUUCAUUUAUUCAGAUUAAUUAAGUAAAACUUGUUUACUUCAACUCUUAGGUCAAUUUCGAAAUUUUGCAGCCAACACCAGGAGGUAAUGAAAUAUUCCUCACAUGCUCUAAAAGUUAUUUUUAAAUAGAAAUGUAUUGUCAUGGAUGACGAUGCUGAUUAAAAAAAUAUCACAGAUUUGACUUAUUUUUAAUUGAUUUGUCUACAAGCCACCAUAAAGUCACCUAUAUAGCUUUUAUUAGUUGUUUAUGUGUUAAACAUAUUCUUCCUCAGUUCUUCCAUAUUUGUAUGCAAAUACUUGUUAUAUUUUACAAAAAAAAACUUGUAAACUAUUAUCAUAUGCAGUAUUUAGUUGGGACAUGGAUUAUGUAAUAUUUAUCCUUGUCAACUUCUCUGUAUAUAUAUGAAAAUUCAUUUUAUUAUAUUAUGAAGGUAUCAGUUCACUAUUCAGUUUAAAUAUAAAGUUUUAGAACUGUAUUUUGUUAAGUUAAUUCAACUGUACACACUAUUAGCAUAUAUUAUGUUUCGUAUUAAAAUAAUAUAUUUAAGUUUGACCAAUUUUUGUAGCUUUUGUUAGAGUAUAGUUGUAUCUGAUUUAAUUACUACAACAAUUUUUAUUUGGCAGGAAGAUUAAUUUAUUUGGUGUUUGAGUUGCUUCCAAAAUAUUGAAAUGUGCCAUUUAGUAUAAUAUAUACCGUAUUCUAAAGGAUCUCACUUAAGUACCGUACCGGUAGACUCCUGUAGUGUUCUAGCAACGUAACACCACUACACAAUUGUACAAACGGGAUUUGGAUGUGUCUAUACAGUCAACAUAACACUACAAAUAAUCAAUUAUCAAUACUAAAAUGUGUGAAAGUUAUAAAAAUAAAUUAAUUAAACAAUCCCUAAAUAUUUA